AUGGACUUUUGGUCCCGCCUACUGAGCCCCCUCUCCAAGGAGAGCACCCGCCAGGACCAGGCGAAAGAUCCAGCGAAGCGGCUGCAUCGGUUCGAGAAGCAAUACGGAAAACUGUUGGCGACAUGGCGCACUUCGAACAUCUCCCGCGACAGCGAUGCAGCCGAGACCGUCGAGAUUGGACUCCAGGAGCUCACGAAUAUCAUUAGCGACGAAAGUCGUCGUCCUCUGCCGCAUCCCUGCAUUCAGUUUGCAUCGUUACGGGAAAUCUACGUCCACAUCGGCAAGAUCGCGAUCAUUUCAUAUAAUGAGUGGAUUAUAAAGGAGGCGGUCCUCUUUUUCGCGACACUGAUCGAGAGCGAGGAGGAAGCUUUCGUAGAGAAACACACGUUCUCAACCAGCCUGACGAAUCUCCUUGUCCGAAUUACGGGCGCCAAUAGUGUUCCCCUCGGGCUCGACACGGAGUCUCGGGUCGUGGAGCUGGCGUUCAAUAUCACCACGAAGAUACGGCAGGAUCCCGCGAUAUUGCCGGCAUGGUUCAACACUCACGAAGACGACCCCAAAUAUUCCGAAGGCGACCGCGAUUAUCGUGAUAAAUUUGCUGGCCGGACCCAAAGGGCAGACUUCCCUCUUUUCUAUAUUUUGAUGGACUAUAUCCACCACGAGGGCAAGGUUGGUGACUUCGCUCGCACCGGUUUGCUCUACAUUAUCGAGUCGGCCUCCCGUUCGGUAUUGCUGGAGCAAUGGAUUGUUGAGAGCGACCUGUCAACCCUGAUGGCUACGGGUCUAGGUGCCCUGUACAGUCAGUUGAGCCGGAAACUCGUUAUUGAUUAUCCAACCCAGAAUCUACCUCCGAUUCUCGCCUUUUCCGAUUACCAACACCCUACAUCCAAUUUUGAGGUUAUCAGCUCCUGCUCCCCGGAGUUCCAAUCACAUCUAGAGACAUUCCUGUCCCACCUUUUGUUUUGGCAGGAUGUUUUGAACCAUUGCAAGUCGGUCGAAGUCAAAUCGACACUGUUGGAACAUUUCCAAGUCAUCUUCCUCCAGCAAUUACUCUAUCCUUCCUUACUCGAAUCCUCAGACAUUGAUGGUGGAUCCUCGGUGGCUGUCUUGACAUAUUUACGACGUAUUCUUGAGGCUCUGGAUCACCCGGACAUGAUUCACCUCAUCCUCCACUACCUUCUUGCUCUGCCAGAUGCAGAACCCACCCAAGACUUGUCCAGUUCAACAACAUCAAUAAGCAAUGCCCGCAAGCGAAAGUCAAUGGAUCUUGCAACUAUGAUGGCUUCAAAAUCAGACACCACUGUCACCCCCCUCCUCUUUAACCUGGUCGAUCUGAUCUUGGCUUGUUUGAGGUCAAGGAACCAACAAACAAUACACGUCACGCUACAGCUAGUGUCGGCGAUUCUUAAGAGACAUCAUCGAUACGCUAUUAUUACGUUACUACGAACGGAGAUCCUGCCAGGGCACACUCUUCAGCGGACGAUAGGGGCCCAUGAUCAGGAAGUGGAGUACCUUGUGAACCUUGCUGGUGCUAUCGGGGGUUUCGACAAUUUCAAUGAUCUCUACGACGACUUGCUGAAGGAUACCAAGUCGAGACUCGAAAGCCACUCAUGCUCUAUCCCGCUCAUGGCGCCCCCAGUAGGGAAAAUCAAAGGCAAGGAGGCAACCGUCCGGACCGAGCACCCAGGUUCUCCAAGAGAAGUCCGUGAACAUACGUUGAGAGUUGAUGAUCCUCUGCUCAAUGCAAUGCUCGACCUCCUGGAGUCUUUCUUUUUGAACCCCGUCGAAACCAACCUUUCCGUGACGGAGAGUCUUGUGGAUUUGGGGAUAUGCGGCUACAUGAGCGUUGAAGGAUGGCUAACCCGCAAUCCGGAAAACUAUAUCUACGAUGAGGAAGAGGAUGACCAGGACGAAGAGGACGUGGAAGUAGAUGUCAGAAUCCCGGAGGUUGGGGCGAGCCCGGACAAGCAAGAAGAGCCGACAGAAGUAGAAGAGGAGCAGAAAGAGAAGGAAGUGGAAGACGGACAGAAAGAGGAGCCAGAGGGAGAAGCACAGAAAGAGGAGCUCGAACAAGAAGGACAAAAAGAAGAGCACACAGAGACGGAGACCGUCGCGGCGCACCCUGAGAAAGAAGGCAACGACAGCACCGAGAAGAGCGCCGCAGAGCCGAGGCUUGAUAGCAGGCCCAAGGUUGUAACAUCUCAAAAGGCGACAGAGUCGCGGGACCCAAGAAAACUCCACGAGGCGCAGCAGGAAAAGGAGAUGCGCAAGUGCAGGCGUCGCCCAACAUGGGAGCCGUCUUCUGUGCCAAGAUUUUUGGCAGUCAUCAAGCGCUUGUGCGAGCAGGUUGAUGGUUACAAAGAGAUGAUCCCAAGGUUUGAAGAGCUGUUGCAACAACGACGGGAGGCAUUCUAUACGGCCGAUAGGGUUCUCAGCACCCCCGUUCCUUCGAGAAAGGAGACGCCGAAGUUGGUGCAAGCUGAUUGGAUGGAGGAGACCCCGCGAAGUAGCUCGCCGCUGCGUCCAUCUGGGUUCGAAGGCUUUGCGCAGCGAAUCUUCUCAGAGCUGGGGACCCCCAGCCGCUCCGGUAGUCCCAAAGGACGAAAGGAGAAGGGCAUGGGGACGAGGAGCGGAGCCGCUACGCCAUCGCAUAGAAUCGACAACUACGGAUUGGCGAGUCCAAAAGCGAUCCCUAUUCCAGCCCCGAAAGACCUCACUCUUGGACAGAAUGAGCCAGUCAAAGGGGCUCUGCCAAGGACAUUGUCCCCAUCCCUGAUGGGAGACGAUGGUAUGGAUGAUGAUAUCGAGGGUGAUGAGGGCGUUCAUGCUAGUCGCAUGGCCGACUUCGCAGCUGUGGACCAGACGAUUCUAGCCCGCCGUGUCGGUCUCCCUCAUAUCGAGAUUGAACCAAUCCCGUUGCGAUACAACAAACAGGCUCUGCCCGAACCUGAUGACACGAUUGAGGUAGACGACGAGGAGAACAUGCAUAUAGGGCCGGGUGCCGAAGAGCUCGAUGGUAUCGGGGAUGAAUACGGAAGCGGCGAUGAUGAGAAUGAGGAUCUUGGGCGGGAGAGCGUGGUCAUCAACGACGGGACCGUUUCCGUAUCGCACGUCGUCACCAACGUCCUCAUCUUGCAAUCAUUUGUUUUCGAGGUGGCAAGCCUGAUGCAGAUGAGAGCAAGCUUGUUCAACGAGGUUCGUUUUGUGUGA